AUGCAGUCCUUUACCGUAGUCACCGCAAUCCUUCUGUCCGUGUGCGUGCUUGGCUGUAUGGCACAGUACGGUGGUUAUGCACCACAUCCGAAACCUGCAGCAAAACAUGCCCCGGUGUACCAUCACGCGCCAGCACCGAUGCAUCACGGAGGCUAUCACGGUGGUAAGGGAGGCCAUGUGCCGUGUGGAGCGAACCUGCUCGUUUCCUGCUCACCCCACGUAGCGCACGUGCCCUGUGUACCGGCCCACGGUGGUGGACAUCAUCAGUAUCAUCAUGGUGGCCAUCACGGUGGAUACCGGGCGUUCGAACAGUCCGAAACGGAAGCUGACGAAUGA